CUAAAGUUGAAUGAGCCAACUAAAAUAACGUCUCAACGGUCAUUCGUUCCUUGAAAACAUCCUCUCUUAUGUCCUCUUCGUUCCAACUCUACAGCAGGUCCCAUUCUCAGCAGUCCCAAUCAUUCUACUAGGAUUUAAGGAUGAUGAAUUUGCUGUGCAAAGUGCAAGCAUACAGCAGAAAAUGGACUACAAAGCAGAUAUAUUACUAGAUUUAUCUCAUGUUCCCGAUCUGCCGUCAUUAGGGGAGGAGUUUGAUCAUCUGAAUUCUGAUCAUAUCAAUGCAUAUUGUCAUGGGUCAUUGAUUGAUCUUAGGGAGACCCAUUCAAGGACUGAUGUCCUGAAAAUGAAAGGGCGCUUGAGAUCAGAAAAAGAACUGGAAAUCCGCAGAGAUUUGGAGGAAGAGAUUAAAGAGGGAAUAUACCACCAUGCUCUCAGGUUGCACCGACUCUAUCAGCAGCAGAAGGAAAGGAAAAACAAAACACUUCUCGAAGUGAACAUAAGCAUAAGAAAGGAAGGAGGAGCCAAGAUUGAAAUAAAAGAGACCAAGAAAGAUCACAGGGAUCAUGAUCAUGAGAGGGGUCGAGUACCUCGGACUGCUAGUGCUAGAUCAGAAAGCAUAACGCAGCUGCAGCUUGCAGCAGUACCGCAGGUUAAUGCCAAUACCAAGAAGUUCGAUUGGGUGAAGUCUCUACGCUCCAAUGCAGGUCCCGUCGGAAAAUUAAAAUAUCAGGCUAAAACAUUAAGAACCGACCGUUGCUGCUAUCUGAAUCUUGACGGCCAUAACAAUGGCAGGAGAGUUUGCAGUGCUAGUACUAGCAGUACCUCGGAGAAGCCGGUCGGCCAGGGUCUACGCACACGUUAGACGACAAAUUGCUUGAACGUCGUCUGGGAUGGAUGGAUCAAUUGAGAGGAUCAUUUGGUUUGUUUGUUUCUUUCACAUAAAAGUCGAUAAUAACAAUAAUAAUAAUGAUCAUGUAAUUACGUGUGUUUUGUUUGAAACAUGAUGUUGUCGUUCUGGGAUUAAUCAUUUAUAAUAA